UUUUGGAUCCUCUGUGUUGCCAGGAAGACAGCUUGGAACAGGAAGAAGAACGAAAGAGGCCAAUGCUGGCGCUUCUGGAAGAGCCGGACGCGGUGGUGGAGGAGGAAUGGGCGGAGGUGCUCUGCUCUCUGGCGGCCAAAGACGAGGAGACCCGCCCUGAGCUGCUGCCUGGCGACGGUGGUGAUGACGCGUACCUCCUGUCGUUGAGGAGGGAGGUAGUGGAGUGGGUGGUGCACGCCGCCGCGAGCCACGAUUUCUCUGUCGUCACCACAUUUCUCGCCGUCAACUACCUCGACCGGUGCUUCCUUCCUCAUGCCGCUGCAGGAGGCCUCCGGCUGCAGAGGGACAAGGUGUGGAUGGGGCGCCUGGCGGCGGUGGCCGCCCUGUCCCUGGCGGCGAAGGUGGAGGAGACGCGGGUUCCCCUUCUCCUCGACCUUCAGGUCGCGACGCCACCGGGAACGGAGGAGAACAGGUACGUGUUCGAGGCCAAGACCAUCCGGCGGAUGGAGCUCCUGCUGCUCUCGGCGCUCAGCUGGAAGAUGAAUUCCGUCACUCCACUCGCUUUCAUCCACCAUCUCCUUCCUCGACUCUGUUCUAUAUCCACCACCGCCGCCGCCUCCGCUGCCCGUGUCAAGGAGUUGCAAGGUGACUCUGAGGCUGCUCUACUGUCCGUCGUAGCUGAUUGGAGAUGGGCCCGAUAUCCUGCAUCCCUGUGGGCGGCGGCGGCAUUACUCCACGCGGCGGAAGGUGGUGCAGGCACCAUCGCCGCCACUGCCUCGGUUUCCCAGGUGACCCACCACCUCAUUUCCCUCCUCCACGUUCCAAAGGAAAAGGUCGAAGAAUGUUAUCAGCUCAUCAUGGAAUCGAUGGUCUACGGUGGUGGCCUCUUCGGCCCCAAGCGCAAGCAUUCCACUUCCUCUUCCUACUACAACGUCAACUACUCUUCCCCACAUAGUCCCAAUUGGGUGAUUGGUUCCUGCUUCAGUUGCAAGAGCUCGUCGAGCGGCGACGAUUCGUGGGCAACGCAUCAGCCCUCGGCGUCGCCUUCGCCGGAGAAUCGUCCUUCUAAGAAACUGCACCGCCAAGAAAGCCACUGGGAGUGAGGAGAUCGUAUAGCAUGCGGUCCUCGCUCCUGUUACGAUGUAAUUAUCAUGAACUAGCUGUUCCCAGGAGAUAUGGCAGCUCACUGCAUCCCGUGUCUGCUACUUCGGAGCAAUUUUGGUUGGGACUCAGGUGGCCGUGAAGCAGAAGAAAGGGGAGGGGAAAUGAGAAGAAGAUUCAGAGAUGCUGGCAUUAGCAUUGUUCGUUCCAUCUUUGUUCUGAUGAAUGUUGUUUUCAUCUGUAUGUUGAAGAAACACCGAACCCACUGCCAUCAUCCUCCCAACUAGUUGUCAUCCACCUCUCACUUCUCAUCAAUGCAUGUUCACUCCUCUCCCAUUACUGCUCUCUCUCUCUCUCUCUCUCUAUGGUCUCAGAAAUGGCAACAAACACUGAUAUUCCUGUAAAGCUCUUUCCUCUUUGGAUUCAGCAUCCCUCGCUAAAAGCUUAUGGCGGAGGGAGGGAGAUAGGUCGGGCAUUGAUCACUUGUCUGUUUGCGUUAGGCUGUAUCUCUACUUCUCUUUGGCAUAAGAGGAGAUGAACUGAUGUCCUGUUUGUAGGUAACAGGGAUCUUAAAACGAUAAACCAUAUGAGUACUCCUGUGAUGUGGCAUAAAUCAAAGCCUCUUUUGUUCUACUACAAGCAUUUUGCGACAGCUAAACCGUAGGAGAAAGAAGAGGAAGGACGAUGCAACAGCCAUGUCUUGUCCUCGAGUCCACCCUCGCCUUUUCCUUUCUGUCUUUUCCUUUGGCACGGACAAGAUGGUGGAGGUGAGAUCGGCUCCCUUCUGAAGCACUGGGCAAUGAGGGAAGCAGCUGGGGAGUCGCAGAGAACUGAGCCCAGGCCAUCUCUGGACCAAAGCUUGGAGCUGUUGCAGAGUGAUGAGAUCACAUGCAUUGGUAUCUGCUGCACACUUAGCGAUCCGUCAUGUUUCAGGUACAAUUAUAUGUGCAAUUGGACCACCGUCUUUGUAGCCACUUCACUGGCCUUUUCAUACCCGAUGAUGGAUGUAAGCAAGAUAUGAUCUCAGCUCAUUUGAUGUCUGUUUCAAGCAUUAUCUGUGUCAUUAAGCUUCGGCUGGCAUCCCAUUUGCUUUGAGAACCGCGCACGCAUGCCAAACGAGGAGACACACUCAUGGACAUGUCUCGUCAGAGUGGAAAGAAGAGAUCCCACCCACUUCUCCUCCUCCUCCUCCUCCUCGGUGGCGCGGGGUUCCCUUUUGUCCGAGAGAGAGAGAGAUGUAACACUGCUCUCUCGGGCCACACAAUGAUUGUGGAAUCAUAUUCCUGCACCUUUCUUCUUCUUCUUCCUCUUUUGACCUGCUCCUCUACUCCCAGGGAGAGCAGGGGGAGAAGGAGAAGUAGAAGCAUGGUCGAACGUCCCCACUUUUCUACUCCCUAUACGUACAAGACCCCUUUAACUCACGGCUCGAGGUGCUGAGACAGACGGUGUGUCACGUCCUCCACUCGCGACUAUGUGAAUCUAACGACAGAAGCAAUCAAUCAUAAACUAUUUCAUCUUAUGAGAUACAUUAAUUAAACCUAUAAACAAAUCAAUUCAAUGGAUAAUAUCCGAGUCACAAAGUGCCACACUCGACAAGAAACAGAAUCAACGGUGGUGCUACAGGAAAUGGAGAUCCCUAGUGACCGAUCCCUGGGCUUGGCCCGGAAUCCUUGACCGCCUUCCAGUCGAAGCCAGCCAUGUUAUGGCCUCCGCCUCCGGUCUUGAUCUUGAUCUCUCCGAGAAGGAAGUCGACAACCCUGUCGUCACCCGCGCCGCGUGGGUUGAGAACGCUCAGAGGCCGAGCUUGCGCCGUGAGUACGAGACCCAGCACCAAAGCAAAGAGUAGAAGAGACCUGCACCUCGCGGCCAUGGCUGUUGCACAGGCGAGUGACUGCUGCAAGAUGAUGCAUGGGGCUUGGGAGUGGGUUUGCUUUAUAUGCAGGUAGGUCAGAGUCGAUGGAUGCCUCAGUUUGACUGGCGAAUGAACCUUGGUGACGUCGUUUCCACCACGGAGUUUGCUGCAUGCGCCAGCCACCCAGGAAGCAUCGCGGAGGAAGCCAAAGGCGAGCGGAAAAAGGGCGUGAGAGGAGCAGGAAUUCUGCGACGGGAGAAGAAAGAAGGAGGUGGCGUAGUGGAAUUAGGAAUUGAGGAAGAGGGUCCCCGGUGAGCAUUAAUGACUGCUUCUCGCAGGCGACCAGGGAGGAAGGAAGCCAUUGACGACUCUUCCUUUCUCACCAACUGUUAUGUUGACUGUGAGAAUUGACCAUGAAGAGGCUGCUUGCAGCAGCAGCCUUUGUGAGACCAGUUGGGGGAAGCCAUUGCUGGAAGAAUGUGAGACUCGUCGAAGGUCUGAUGAUGAUAGCACUUACGUGCAUGAGAAAAAGAAUGCCUGUGAGUGGGUGAAACGACGACUAUGUAGCACUUGCCAUGGCGGUAGCAAGACAUACGGCAGUGUUUGACACCGCUCAUCCAUUGUCUAAAACACCGUCAUGAGACUUUACGCUCAUCGUUUUCUAGAUUG